GGCCAGGCAGGCGAGCGUCCGUCAGUCCGCUGUUCUUGCGUUAGUCCGCCAGUCAGUCCCCGCCGCGCCCCAGGGCGAAGCUGGUGUGAGCCCUAUGGGAGCAGCCUUCCGUCCGGUGCACGGGCUCUGGUGGUGUCGGGCAUGAUGCUGUGGAUCCUGGUGGGUGCCCUCCUCCCUGUGGUGCUGUUGGCUGCCCCACCUCCCAUCAACAAGCUGGCACUUUUCCCAGACAAGAGUGCCUGGUGUGAGGCCAAGAACAUCACCCAGAUCGUGGGCCAUAGUGGCUGUAAAUCAAAAUCCAUCCAGAACAGGGCCUGCCUGGGACAGUGUUUCAGCUACAGUGUUCCCAACACCUUUCCCCAGUCUACAGAGUCCCUGGUACACUGUGACUCCUGUAUGCCCUCACAGUCCAUGUGGGAAAUUGUGACCCUGGACUGUCCCAGCCAUGAUGAGAUGCCCCGAGUGGACAAGCUAGUGGAGAAGAUUGUCCACUGUAGCUGCCAGGCUUGUGGCAAAGAAGCGAGCCACGAGGAAAUGAGCUUUUUCACGCAUGGCAGAGAGGAACACCCCGGCUCCCACCCUGGCCGCCAUUCCCUCGAGGUCGAGGAGCCCCCUGGUCCCACCCACCCAGUGGAGGAGGGUGCUGAGGAGUGACUUCCUCUUUCUUUUCCCUUCCCUCCCCCCAACCCCCUGGAACUCUGCUUCCCACCUUCCUGUGGGGGAGAGGAGAGGCUGGGCCCCCACCCCCCUCCCCAUGGUCAUUGGAUGGACUUGGACUGCUGUCCGGUUGUCACAGCAAUCAUUGAGAGUAGGGGGAAGCGG